AUGAAGAACAGCGUUGCUCUUCUGGCCCUUGCCGCCGGCGUCAGCCAGGUCGCUGCUACCGGCUGGAACAAGUUCCCCUCCUUCACCUCCCCUGAGAACACCGACAACAAGUGUGAUGACAAGCAGAAGGGAGGCUUCUCCUGGAGCGACCUGACCCCGGGAUCGUUCAACAACUACGGUGGAUUGGACUUCAAGGGCUGGACCUGUGAAUCCGACUUCUCCAAGCGCGACCUCCUGGCUCCCCGCACUUUUAACAAGGGCAAGGUCAUCUCUGGCUCUUGCGGCCAGAAGAAGGAGACCUCUCCCUCUUUCGGCUGCGGCACUGGCUCCGGCGCUCCCGACAAGUUCUCCAUCAUCCACUUCGACGUGACCGUCGAGUUCGACUGCGACCUCGAGUUCCACUAUGACAUGCCCGACGGCUCCAGCUGCAAGCACCGCUCUGCUUGCUCCAAGUCCGGAACCACUGUCAAGAACUCCCAGUGCGGUGGCGCCAAGAACGUCACCAUCGUUUACCCCCAGCAGCCCUCCAAGCCCAAGUCCACCUGCGGUGUCGGCAUCCACACCAUCAACUUCGACUGCAGCCCCCCCGAGACCUCCAAGCCUCCCAAGACCAAGACCAGUGCUCUCCCCAGCGCCACCACUCUGAGCACCAAGACCCACGACAAGCCUGUCAAGACCACCACUGCUGCCGAGGAGACUUCCACCGCCGUUGUCCCCUCCGUCUCCAAGCCCGUUGAGGAGACCAGCGCCGCCACCAAGCCCGCCACAACCGCCCCCGUCAAGGAGACCGAGACUGCUCCCGUCCCCAGCAAGGGUGAGACCACCUCUGAGGCUCUUCCCUCUAUCUCCAUUCCCGGCAAGGAGUCGACCACUGCUGUUGUUCCCUCCGCUUCCAAGCCCGCCGAGACCCCUGUCGAGUCCAAGCCCGUCGAGGAGACCUCCACUGCCGUCGUUCCCUCCGCCUCCAAGCCUGUCGAGGAGACUACUGCCGCCGUCCCCUCCGCCUCUAAGCCGGUUGAGGAGACCACCCCCGUUGUCACCAAGCCUGCCGGCGAGACCACCGCUGCCCAGUUCCCCAGCGUCUCCAUCCCUGUCAACGGCACUCAGCCUGCCCAGACCGAGACCGUCCCUGCCGUCACCACCCCCGUUGUCCCGGAGACCAAGACCACCGUCUACGACACCACCUCGACCAUCUACACCACCCGUGUCGAGACCGUCACCUCUUGCGCUCCCGAGGUCACCAACUGCCCCGCCGGCUCCCACGGCCUGGUCACUGUCACGGUUCCCCUCACCACCACCGUCUGCCCCGUCACCGAGACCAUCGUUCACACCCCCGGUCCUGCUCCUUCCAAGCCCGCUGGCCAGCCUUCCAAGGGUGUCUCUUCCGAGAAGCCUGUUGGCUCUGGCUCUGUUAUUAAGCCCUCUGCCACCAAGCCCGCCACUCCCGUUGAGACUCUUCCCUGCCCCGACGUCGUUCCCCAGUGCCUGAGCACCUGGAUCUGGUCUUCCGGCUGCACUGACAACUCUGACGCCAACUGCUACUGCCCUGACGCCAAGUUCGUCGAGAACGUCUUCUCCUGCAUCUACUCCUACGGUGCCAGCGACGAGAUCAUCUCCAAGGCCACUCAGUUCUUCCAGGGCAUCUGCGCUCCUCACAUCCCCGAGAACCCCGCCAUUAUCACGGUGCCGGCGACAAUUACCACGGCCAUCACCGUCUCGGCGACCAAGCCCGCCGCCACCAACCCUGCCGAGUACACCACCAUCACCGUUGACAAGACCAUUGUCGUCCCCUGCGUCACUGACGGCACGACCGUUCCCGGCUCUUCCACCACGGCCACCAUCAAGACCACCAUCGAGGUCCCCCACGUCUCUUUCGCCACCGACUCGGCCUCCGUCGUCGUGCCAGUUCCCGCCCCUUCCACCCCGGCUGGCACACCCGCCGCGACUGUCUCAUCCCAGGCCCCGGUUGCUCCCUACCCCACGACUCCCGCCGCUGGCGCCACCAAGACCGGCCCUGUCGGUACUGGCGGUGUUGCCGUCCCUACCACCACCGGUGUUGUCACCGCUGGUGCUGGCAAGGCUACCUUCGGCCUCGGUGCCGUCGUCGCCAUUGCUGCCCUCGCUGCUUUCUAA